AUGAGGUCAGUAAAGUGUGUUAUAGUGGGGGAUGGUGCUGUAGGUAAAACUUCUUUACUCAUUUCGUAUACAACUAAUACUUUUCCCCAGGACUAUAUUCCUACUGUUUUCGACAACUAUACGACUACUAUCGCACUAAAUAAUGGCGAAGGCGCAGAACCACAGGUAUUCAGAUUAAACCUCUGGGAUACAGCAGGACAAGAAGAAUAUGAUCGUUUGAGGCCCCUAUCUUACCCACAGACAGAUGUUUUUCUUCUGUGUUUCAGCGUGAAUGAACCUAAUUCAUUUGCAAAUGUUGUUGAUAAAUGGUUCCCUGAAAUUAGACAUAACACCAACUAUGAAAACAUGAGACCCUACAAAUUGACAGGAAAAUUUCCAAUUCUCUUAGUGGGAACGAAGGCAGACUUGAGAGAGGAUGAGCACGAGCAGGACCGUCUGAGAGAGUUAAACACAGAUUUUGUAUCGCGUGCCGAAAUUGACCAAUGUGUUGCUCAACUUGGACUUAUGGGCUACGUUGAAUGCUCUGCGGCAACGCAGGACGGCGUCGCAAACGUGUUCGAACGUGCAGUCGAAAUUGUGGCCACAGAUCCUAAGCAGAUUGAACAAGAGCACCAAGCUGCUAGGCAACGUACCACGGUCGUAGGAACUGCGGCUGCCCCUCCUACUUCAAACGAGCCAAAGUGGUACGGUACUGUGAAUCAACAACCAAUUAAGACGAAAAAGAAGAAGAAGUCCAAGUGUUCGAUUUUAUGA